GCCCACAGUAGACGAACACACAGACACACAGGAGCAACCUCUGCCCCUGAAUUACAGCACUGCCACACCUCCAGCUAUCUGUAAUCUCCCUUAGUUGUCCACAGAGUGCAGGGUAAAGAAAUUGCAGAAAGAGGGGUGAAGAGGCAGUGAAAGGUGCCACUGACAGCAAACGUCACAGGAUUUAAAGGAAGAAAGAAAACAAAUCAAAGGAACAACAUAAUGGCUUGAAAGAGAGGAAGAACUGGAUAUAUUUCUUUCCUUAUAGGAGUCAAGGAAUUUCAAGGUGAGAGGGCCUUUUUAUCCUUUCUUUCAUCAUGGUGGACCUGUUCCUAGACCGAGUUCUGGUGGAGAACAACUGGGACCAGGAUGAACUCAACACGGAGCGAGAGAUCAUUGCGAUUAUCGAAAACCGCAUCCUGAUGCUGUUCUUUGCAUCUGCGGAGUGUGUCAAGUGCCAGGAGUUCCUGCCUGUUCUGAAUGACUUUUUUAAGAGACUGAAAGAUCCAGCGUACAUUGAAUACCCCAAACUGCUCGCACUCAUCUACAUCAGCUUGGACCAAUCAGAGGCACAGCAGGAGAGAGUCCUCAAAGAGCUGCACAAAAAGGUUUUGUUUUUGGCCUUUGAGGAUCCAUACAGGAAAGAACUGCAGGCCAAGUUUAAGGUGAAGGAUGUACCAACAGUUGUGGUCAUUCGUCCUGAUGGCUCCAUCCUCUCUCCAAAUGCUGUGCAGGACAUCUGUCGUUUCGGUUGUGACUGUUUCCGUAACUGGCAGGAAUCAUCAGAGCUCAUUGAGAGGAGCUUCAUGCUCAAUGAGGAGUUUCAAAACCUAAAUAUGCGUAGUGCCACUGACCCUGUGAGGAGACUCAAGUAUAAGACAGAGGACGACAAGAGGAAAAAGAGAUGGUGGAAUUCAUUGGGGAAGGGCAAAGAUGAAAGUCAAGAGGAGGAGGAGAAAGAUGGAAUGCGCGAUAGAAAGAGAAAAGACGGAGAUAAAGUAACAGGGAGGAAACGAUGAAGAGAAAGAAUCAAAGAAAAAACACAGUCUUUUGUGUUGGUUGUCUUCAAGUCAAGCCUCGUAAAUACUUAAUCCUUUGUCACUGACACUGCAGCCUCUUCAGAGGCUCUCUAAGAAACACUUGACAAUGGGAUGUGCAGUAAAAUUAAAAAUUAAAAAAGCCCACUGAAAAGAGCUCCUCCUGGUAUGUAGAAGCUACUGUGCCUCUCUGCACAGAUCACACAAAACUUUGAAAGAAAUGAAAUAAGAUUGAGUUGCUCUAAUAUGCUACAAAUAUGCUACUACUACUACUACUGUUACUACUGAUAACUAUUAUAUAUU